AUGUGGUUCUCUCUACUUUCAACAACAGGUGCUACCAUCCAAGCCAACACAAAACACGAACAGAGAUUUGAAGUUCUAAAGAACGGCACCUUUGAGAUUAAAAAUGUUCAGCUACAGGACAGAGGCCAGUACCUCUGCACGGCACAGAACAAAUUUGGCUCGGCCCGAUUGGUCAUUACCCCUGGCUGUGCUGACUCAGCCUCCCAAAAUCAUAGGUCCCCACUCAAAAGAGGUCCCAGUGUAUUUGGGCAAGCCUAUAAGCUUAGACUGUGUAGCCUCAGGCAAGCCUCAGAUCUCCUGGAUUCUUCCAGACAGGACCUUAGUGCGUGAUGUGGGAGUUCUUGACAGGGCAGCCUCUUUGCUGGCUAAUGGCACCCUGAGAAUCCAAUCAGCCAACUUCUCCAGUAAAGGAGACUAUAAGUGUAUCGCUAGUAAUGUGGCCAGGGCUGACACGGUGACCUAUCACAUUCACGUGGCAGCGCUACCACCCACCAUCAAUGAGGAGGCCUCGGAGAACAUCGUCAUCCAGGCAGGGAGAAGUGUGUACGUCCACUGCACUGCCAAGGGAGAGCCUGUGGACCCUCCCUGCAGGGGUACACGUCAAACCCUCCCAGUUCCUCGGUAGGAGACUGUUCGUCUUCCCCAAUUGGACGCUGUACAUCAAGAACAUCUCUCCGGCCACUCUGGGAGGUAUGAACGCUCUGUGACUAACGCUGUGGGUGCAGCCAGGAGAGCUCCGCAUCUGGACGGCAGGCAGGAAAUCCCCAGACACGACAGUCACAGCACCCCUCCCAACAGCACAGAAUCAAAGCCAUGUAUGGCUCCACUGUGUACCUGCACUGUCCAGUGUCCACUGGCUCUCCCCGUGGCACUCUUUGGCAGCUACCAUCCAAAACAUUGCUGAAACAUCGCUACAGGUAACUCCCCCAUGCUAGUAAUCAAACCUACAUGUAUAUGGCAGUUUUCCUAUAAAAGAAAUAAGACACUGUGCUGAUAUUGAUUAGGAAUAAGAGAGCUGAAGGAUUGUUAUAGUUAUAAAUUAAGCUAAAUUAUAAUUAAGACAUUUGGAAGUCAUAUUUUUUCCAUGAGUUCUAUCUGCUGAGAUUUUGUGGCAUCAUUUGAAUCGCUUUCUCCUCUGUGACAUGAAAAAUAAAUUCUGAACUAUAUUACAACACUCAAUUUCGGAGAGGUUCAAUCAAAUGCAAUUAGUGGAAUUAAUGUAAAUAAGUUAACGGCUGGAGCCUCACCAAGGUCAACCAGCCUGUAGUUUCAGGGUCAAAAACUCUGAUGGGUCCCGCUGUCAGAGACAGACAAUACUGUGAUUGAGAAUAUCGAUACAUUUGCAGGCAUCUGUCGAGUACACCCAAUUAAUUCCUGCUCAACAUGGUUCCCAAACAGUGAAGCACUAGUGGCACAGCAUUCAGUUAGCAAAGAGAAGCAGCAAAUGACAGAAGCAUUGUGGUACAAAUACAAAGUAGCUAUUGUAUAGUUACAUGAUGGAAUUACACUAUAAAUGAAAAUUCAGUGUAAAUGGUGUAAAUUAUUGAACAUAAUUUGAUUAGAAUGUAGAUAUUCUUACAAAAUCAUAUACAAUUGUUCUCAAUGUCACUUACAUCAUAUUUUAUUUAAUGUGUCUAUCUCUUUCAUUCUCAGCACUGAGAGACCUGUCACUGUGUUCUCCAAUGUAACCUUACAGAUCCUGCAGCUGACUGAAAUGGGUGGAGGCAACUACCUGUGUAUGUUCCAGAGGACCAACGGUGAGGACAUGGAGCUGUUCCAGGUGGAGGUGCUCAUUACAGAUUGAACACCUGGGCACAGCCCAGAAGAGGGUGACCCACAGGGAGAACUUCCAGAUGGACUGUGUUGCCUCAGGCCUCCCUGACCCAGAGGUGUCCUGGAGCCUCCCUGAUGGAACCAUGAUCAACAACGCCCUCCAGUUGGACGACAGCGACACACGUUCUCGCCACUAUGUCAUCUUUGGGAAUGGAACACUAUUGCUGCAGCAAAUGGAAAAUAACGAUGAGGGGGACUAUACGUGCCAUGCUAAGAACGAGCUGGGGGAGGAUGAGAUGAAGGUGAGCGUAAGAGUAGGCCCUGACUCCCCCCGAAUCACAUCCAAGGCUCAGCUCUUGCUCACGGCCCAACUAGGAGAGUCUGCCUAUAUGACGUGUCAGAUGACUGGGGAUCCUCCACUGACCAUUGUGUGGCUCUCCCCAAGCAAUGACGUCAUCACAUUGUCUUCAAGCAAAUACCAAAUCAUAGGUGAUAGGACUUUCUUUAAAGAUAAAGAGGGUGACUUUGGCCGACCAAGGGAAGUAUGCUUGUGUGGUAAGGAAUUCUGCUGGGGAUGA